AUGCAACCAAAUCACUACGACUUUCUGGGUCAGGCGCGCGAGCCUAGAGCCGCAAGUCGGAUGACGCGCGAUGGCCAGCCGCUUCGAGAUAAUAGUGGUCAGCCCCAGCCAUCCGGUGCGGCACCCAUGAGAUCAGAGGAUUCUUGGAUCGACGUAUCCUCGCAGCCCUCGUCGUCGUCCUUCUCCUCUGCUGCCACAACCGACGAUAUUAUAACAACUGGUCUGCGAGUCGAGCAAGGAGACUCAGGUGCAUACCAGCGUCGGAAUCGUCGACGCCGGCUACAACACCUUGCUGCGAUCACUACAGCCCAGGUCGAUUAUUCAUCACGAGACGCUAGUCACGCCAGCAGCAGCCAAGAAGAAUAUGAAGAAAGUGAAAGCGAAUCCGAUCGCGUACUCAGCAGCUCAAAUGAAGACAUGAACCAUCCAACAAUUCCAGCUGCCAUCGCACUUCGUUCUCCACUUCCAUCCUCAGGCUCAGAUGCUACAUCUAGUGAUGAUGAGGAUGAUACUUCCACUGCACUGGGAAUGGGCAUAAGCCCAGCACCCUUUGUGCCUCAGCCUAACAUAUUCACACAACCACCACCCACUUCAAACCCAUCAUCAGCUCGUGCUGCUCACCCACGACGAGCCCACUCUGACGUCCCAUAUGCUUCCAGUCGACGCACUGCCCCGCGAAGAGAAUCUUACCCUAAUCAACCAUCUCCACAGAGAUCCCAAUACCAGCACAGCCCAUAUAACAUGAUAUCACCCUCCCACCAUGCUGACCACGAUGCCGCUCUUCGCGCCAGCCUCUCAACCCUUCUUUCAUGUGCCGCUGCCGCACGAGGCCUACCAAAGAAUGACAACCAGACAUCACCAGCUCCCCAAACAGGGGGUGCUCGCCCUGCCGCUUUCCGAUUGGUAGGUGAGUCAGUCGCCAUGGGAGAAGAAAGCGACAACGAAGAGACAUCGUCACCUCAAUACCCAGCAUCAAACCCAUCUACCAAUUCGCCGAGACAUCUCAGAGUACCCACAGUGGCGUCCGGACCCGCUGCAGCUAAAGCCAAGCGGCGGUCAAGCUCACCUAAAGACCGCAGCGCAUCCGCGAAGAAAAGUCGGCGCCCAAGCAUCACAGACUCUACCACGCCUGUCAGCCCCACCAUCAUGACAUGGGUCAUCAGUGCUGGCGUUGUAGUAUUGUUCUCUGCGAUCAGCUUCUCGGCUGGAUAUAUGCUCGGCCGUGAAGUUGGGCGCACUGAAGUUGGCAUGAUGGGCGAUGGUGUUCCUGGCCCUCGACCUUCAACGAGCUGUGGGCAGGAGGCCGUCAGAGGUGGACUGCGAAAACUGCGCUGGGGCUCUGCCGCUGCAGGAAGCGCCAGCAUUGCAUCUAUGUAA